AUGCUUGGACGAGAUUGCGGUUGCCCCAAUAGGGUUACCGCUGCAGAUAACGGCAUUUUCGACAAAGACCUGUUGCUGACUGAGAAGCAGGCUAACUUCCUUCUCAAUGAACUUGGAAAAGCUGGAGAGGGAGCAGAUGUGCCUCCACCAGGGAAUGGUGCGAAGAAAUUUAAAAGCAUGUCAUUCCUCCAUUGCAACUGCCACCCUGCUUCUGUCAACAUUGUUCUCGAAACAUCAGAGAAUCAUGGACUCGUAUGGGCUGUUUCGAUUGAAACGCAGGGAAAACGAUCACUCCGCUACUUCGACGACGCCUACCGCCAACCAAGAAAUCCCUACUCAUGGUUGUACACGAUGUUUGACAAGCGAGCUCGUAACCCGUACAGCUGGAUGAACGAAUGA